UUUAUCUCCCAAAAACAACCACCUGUCUGCUUCACUCUCUCCCCUUCGGAUUCCCUGUGUUCUACACUCUACAGUGCUCUCCGUCCCUUAUUUUCUCUCCUUGUGUUUCUUCUGUGUUUAAGACCAACAAUACAAAUCUCUCCUUCUCUUUCCCAUCUCCUGAACUUUCAUCUUCUUCGAUUUUCCCACCACCGCAAGAAAAUUCUCUAAUGGCCAUUCACUAGCCAACCAAAUGUUUCCUCUCCUUCACAGAAUUUCACUCAUUGUUAUCUCCAUUUCUUCCUCUUCUCUGUUCUUGCUCUGUCUUCUUGUGUUAGCCACCGCCACCACCGAAUUCGACUUUGGUACUUUAACUCUAAGUAGUCUCAAGCUCCUCGGCGAUGCCCACUUAAACAAUGGCAGCGUUCGCCUCACUAGUGACCUCGCCGUCCCCACCUCCGGCGCUGGCAAAGUUCUUUAUUCUAAGCCUAUUAGAUUUCGCCAACCGGGCACUCACUCUAUUACCAGUUUCCUUACUUAUUUCUCUUUCUAUGUCUUCAAUCUAAACCCGUCGUCUAUUGGUGGUGGGCUUGCGUUUGUCAUCUCGCCGGAUUCUGAGACUAUUGGUGCUGCCGGUGGGUGUCUUGGACUCCUCAACAAUGACGGGCUUGGUUCGGGCUUCGUGGCGGUCGAGUUUGAUACUCUUAUGGACGUAGAGUUCAAAGACAUUAAUGGAAACCAUGUGGCUGUGGAUCUAAACAGUAUGGUUUCAUCGCAGACUGGUGAUUUAGGAGCUGCAGAUAUCGAUCUUAAGAGCGGUGACCUUGUUAAUGCGUGGAUCGAGUACGAUGGGACUAAUCACGGCCUCAAGGUCUCGGUUUCAUACUCCAAUCUUAAGCCCAAACUGCCGAUUCUAUCAUUUACUCUUGAUCUAGAUCAGUACGUGAAUGAUUUCAUGUACGUUGGGUUCACUGGGUCGACGCAGGGGAGCACAGAGAUCCAUAGUAUUGAAUGGUGGAGCUUUAGUUCCUCUUUUGACUCGAUUUCUGGUCCUGGUUCAUCUUCUCCACCGCCUCCAACGACUAGUUUGACGAACCCAACGGCUAAUUCCGUGACGUCACCGCCGCCCUCAUUGGCCCCUGCUGAUUCCGAUUCAAUUAGUAGUCAACAAAAGAACAGCAAGUCUUCUUCGUGCCAUAACCAGCUCUGUAAGCAGGGACCUGGAGCCGUUGCAGGGGUGGUUACUGCUAGUGCAUUUUUAGCCAUUUUUGCCGGUGUUCUUAUCUGGAUAUUCUCUAAAAGGUACAAACAUGUGAAAAAAACAGAGUCUUUUGCGUCAGAGGUUAUCAAAAUGCCCAAAGAAUUUAGCUACAAAGAGCUCAGAUCAGCGACGAGAUGCUUCAAUUCAAAUAGAAUUAUAGGACAUGGUGCAUUUGGGACUGUUUAUAAAGGUAUAUUGCCAGAAAUUGGCGACAUUGUAGCAGUGAAGAGAUGUAGUCAUAAUAGCCAAGGAAAGAAUGAGUUUUUAUCUGAAUUGUCCAUCAUCGGUACUCUUAGACAUAGAAAUCUUGUUCGCCUUCAGGGAUGGUGUCAUGAGAAAGGUGAAAUUUUAUUGGUUUAUGAUUUAAUGCCCAAUGGAAGCCUUGACAAGGCAUUGUUCGAAGCGAGGACGCCUCUGCCAUGGCCACAUAGGAGAAAAAUUUUACUUGGUGUUGCAUCUGCUCUGGCUUACUUGCAUGAAGAAUGUGAGAACCAGGUGAUUCAUAGAGAUAUUAAGACUAGCAACAUUAUGCUAGAUGAAGGGUUUAAUGCAAGAUUAGGAGAUUUUGGCUUGGCUAGACAAAUUGAGCAUGAUAAAUCACCGGAUGCAACAGCAGCUGCAGGUACAAUGGGAUACUUAGCCCCGGAGUAUUUAUUAACAGGAAGAGCUUCUGAGAAAACUGAUGUUUUUAGUUAUGGAGCUGUGGUUCUUGAGGUGGCUAGUGGGAGAAGGCCAAUUGAGAAAGAAACAAGUGUGGUUGGAAAAAUUGGGGUGAACAGCAAUUUGGUUGAAUGGGUUUGGAAUUUACACAGAGAAGGAAGAUUGCUGAUGGCAGCUGAUGCAAGACUAGAAGGUGAGUUUGAUGAGAAUGACAUGAGAAGGGUUCUGCUAGUUGGGCUAGCUUGCUCACACCCUGACCCAUUGGCUAGACCCACAAUGAGGACUGUGGUCCAAAUGCUCGUAGGUGAGGCUGAAAUCCCAAUCGUCCCAAGAGCAAAGCCUACUAUGAGUUUCAGCACUUCCCAUCUCUUGUUGAGCUUGCAGGAUAGUGUAUCAGACUGCAAUGGCAUGAUCACAAUCUCAACAUCCUCAUCAGAAAAUGGCUACAUUGGUGAUGACAUAGUUUGAUCCAAAAUGGACAUGUGGGAUUCCACAACCUUUUGUUUAUUGACACACAAUUAUAUAUUAUUAUUCGUUUUUGUAUUUAUAAUAAUAAAAUAUUCAAUUUAAUUACAAGCA